CGGAGCUCUGACUGGUUUACGGCUCGUUGCAGAGGAGGAACCGUUUAACUUUCAAUUUCGAUUGAAUUCAGGAAAACAUGGAGUCCGUCUGAUGUUUGAUUGUAGAACUGAUUUUGGUGAACUAACCAAGAAACCGACUCGAAAACUGUUUUACGACAUUAAAGAAAGUUUCCAGCAACAAGGAAACAACAUAAAACCGGGACUGCUCGACUGAACCUGUCGGUUUACGUCCGGUGCCUCGUUUUCUUCCUGGCCGUCUCAGUGUUGUUGUUACCGGAGUCUGUGCAGCGCAUCAACAUGUUGGGAGAGACGGGACCUGAGUGGUUGUCUGAAGAGGUGAAAACCGGGACAACCAUUAUUGCCAUAGAGUUUGAUGGAGGGGUCGUGCUGGGGUCUGACUCCCGCGUGUCUGCGGGAGCGUCAGUGGUGAACAGGGUGAUGAACAAACUGUCUCCCCUCCAUGACAAGAUCUACUGUGCUCUGUCAGGAUCUGCAGCAGAUGCUCAGACCAUUGCUGAGAUAGUCAACUACCAGCUGGACGUUCACAGUAUUGAGAUAGGUGAGGACCCCCAGGUUCGCUCAGCUGCUACUCUGGUACGAAACAUCUCAUACAAGUACAAGGAGGAGCUGUCUGCGCAUCUCAUUGUGGCCGGUUGGGACAGAAGAGAUGGAGGGCAGGUCUUUGCAACCCUGAGUGGUCUCCUGACGAGGCAGCCUUUUGCAGUCGGUGGCUCUGGCAGUUCAUAUGUUUAUGGGUUUGUUGAUGCUGAGUAUCGCAGGGGCAUGAGGAAGGAGGAGUGCCAGCAGUUUGUUGUCAACACUCUGUCUUUGGCAAUGAACCGUGACGGCUCCAGUGGCGGCGUGGCCUACAUCGUCACCAUCGACGAACACAGCACAGAGGAGAAAGUCGUUCUAGGAAAUGACUUACCCACCUUCUUUGAUCAGUGAUCAACAUGUAGCUUUGUCAUCUGUAGUGUGCCACUGUGGUGCAAAAUGCAAUUAGGUAUUUGUUUUCACGAUUUGUGUUCACAGUAGCCAUGGCUCAUUUUUUGACACACCAACUUCUUACAUGUCAAAUAACUCAGCUUGUAAACUGAAAUAUACUGGAAUGUAUACACAUUACUAAUAAUUAUAAUAAAAGGGAAAAAAACCUGCA